GUCAACCUCUGGAAGUAAGUCAACUCCAUUCUGAAAAAGAAGAGUGUCGCAAGAAGUGAAAGUGAUUUUGACCAGAGAUCGCUUGUCUCCACUUCUCCCCUCCUCUCCAGAAAAGGAUGGAGCAGCAAAGCGGAGGGUGUGCGCGUGUCUGGUGGAGGCGGGUAAAGAAACGGGGUGUCUUUAAAGCAAUAGCUUAGCAAAUACUGGGACUAGAGUGCGGCUCGAGUCCACUUCCCAACAAUUUGGCGAGAGUCCGCCGGGUGAGUUGUAACCCCUGUUAGCAGGAAUAAUCUUUUUGCUUUCAUUGCCCUCCCUACCGCCCCCCAUAACACCUGAAGGGGAGGGUCUCAAAGGUCUUUUGAGCCCGGACUUGAUCCCCUCUCCUCACCACCGCUACCACCCCACGCCCAGCAGUCCCCAUCACCCGCCCUUUCUCCACCUCCAACCUUGACUCUGGGUACAAACAGGUCCUCGCACAACCUGACGAGAGAGGAGCUUCAUUGGUUACAUCCAAAUCCCAGCGGAAGGGAGGGGCCCAGGAAGGAGGAGGCCGAGCACUGCUGUGGGCGGGAAGCCCACCUGGGGUCGGGGGCUGCGGAGCCGGAGGAGGGGCGAGAGACCUGGGUCCUCAUCCGCGGAGUUACGGUCGGAACAAACUUGCCGAGUCUUGCAGCGCAAGCGCGCGGAUGCUAACCCCAGAACCUUCAGCGCGCGGGCACGAAAGGGUGUGGAGCGGUAUACAUAGCUCUACAUACACAUUGAGCGCUGAGCGAGAAAGGAGGGGGCGAGGAAGGCAGGUUCCGCCUCCCCUGGCCCCGUGCACACACACGCCCACCGCGGCUCGGGCUGGCUGAGCGCGGGCGAGUGUGAGCGCGAGUGUGCGCACGCCGCGGGAGCCUCUCUGCCCUCUCCUCGCACCCUGCUCAGGGCAUCUGAAGAGCCUGGAAACGUGAACAGGCUUGAAGUAUGGCAUGUUGCAAAGAUGGUUUCUGCCAAGAAGGUACCCGCGAUCGCUCUGUCCGCCGGGGUCAGUUUCGCCCUCCUGCGCUUCCUGUGCCUGGCGGUUUGUUUAAACGAAUCCCCAGGACAGAACCAAAAGGAGGAGAAAUUGUGCACAGAAAAUUUCACCCGCAUCCUGGACAGUUUGCUCGAUGGUUAUGACAACAGGCUGCGUCCUGGAUUUGGGGGUCCUGUUACAGAAGUGAAAACUGACAUAUAUGUCACCAGCUUCGGACCUGUUUCUGAUGUUGAAAUGGAAUAUACAAUGGAUGUGUUCUUCAGACAGACAUGGAUUGACAAAAGACUAAAAUAUGAUGGUCCCAUUGAAAUUUUGAGAUUGAACAAUAUGAUGGUAACAAAAGUAUGGACCCCUGAUACUUUCUUCAGGAAUGGAAAGAAAUCUGUCUCACAUAAUAUGACAGCUCCAAAUAAGCUUUUUAGAAUUAUGAGAAAUGGUACUAUUUUAUACACAAUGAGACUCACCAUAAGUGCGGAGUGUCCCAUGAGAUUGGUGGAUUUUCCCAUGGAUGGUCAUGCAUGCCCUUUGAAAUUCGGGAGUUAUGCCUAUCCAAAGAGUGAGAUGAUCUACACCUGGACAAAAGGUCCUGAGAAAUCAGUUGAAGUUCCGAAGGAGUCUUCCAGCUUAGUUCAAUAUGAUUUGAUUGGGCAAACCGUAUCAAGUGAAACCAUCAAAUCGAUUACGGGUGAAUAUAUUGUUAUGACGGUUUACUUCCACCUCAGACGGAAGAUGGGUUAUUUUAUGAUUCAGACCUAUAUUCCAUGCAUUAUGACAGUGAUUCUUUCUCAAGUUUCAUUCUGGAUAAAUAAAGAAUCAGUUCCCGCUAGGACUGUAUUUGGAAUAACAACUGUCCUCACCAUGACCACACUAAGCAUCAGUGCACGACAUUCUUUGCCCAAAGUGUCCUAUGCUACUGCCAUGGAUUGGUUCAUAGCUGUCUGCUUUGCUUUUGUAUUUUCGGCCCUUAUCGAGUUUGCUGCUGUCAACUAUUUCACCAAUAUCCAAAUGGAAAAAGCCAAAAGGAAGACAUCAAAGCCCCCUCAGGAAGUUCCCGCUGCUCCAGUGCAGAGAGAGAAGCAUCCUGAAGCCCCUCUGCAGAAUACAAAUGCCAAUUUGAACAUGAGAAAAAGAACAAGUGCUUUGGUUCACUCUGAAUCUGACGUUGGCAACAGAACUGUGGUGGGAAACCAUUCAAGCAAAUCUUCCACAGUUGUUCAAGAAUCUUCUAAAGGCACACCUCGGUCUUACUUAGCUUCCAGUCCAAACCCAUUCAGCCGUGCAAAUGCAGCUGAAACCAUAUCUGCGGCAAGAGCACUUCCAUCUGCUUCUCCUACUUCUAGCCGAACUGGAUAUGUGUCUCGAAAGGCUUCAGUUGCAUCUGCUUCUACUCGUCACAUGUUUGGAUCAAGAUUGCAGAGGAUUAAGACCACAGUUAAUACCAUAGGGGCUACUGGGAAGUUGUCAGCUACUCCUCCUCCAUCAGCUCCACCACCUUCUGGAUCUGGCACAAGUAAAAUUGACAAAUAUGCCCGUAUUCUCUUUCCAGUCACAUUUGGGGCAUUUAACAUGGUUUAUUGGGUUGUUUAUUUAUCUAAGGACACUAUGGAGAAAUCAGAAAGUCUAAUGUAAUUUUGUUGCUAUAGUAGUUUGCUAGAAGAUGAUGAAAAUGCAGAAUGUCUUUUUAAAUGUUUUUAAAUAUAAACAACUAUUCUUUAUUAAAAUAAAAAAAUCUAUGUAAUUUUUUCCAUUUAAAGAUAUAAGCCAGUUAUUGGGAGAGUUAAUUCCUCAGUGAAAAAGUGAACUAUGUUUUUGUUUUCCAGAAAAAUUAUUUUAAAAGAACUCAGCAUUCACUUAGAUAGAAUACACACCAUCCUGGAAAGUUGGGAUAAGAGAAAUAGAGCUAUUAGAGACAUGUGGCACAUAUUUUUUCAUUGAUAUUUGAAAACAGACUAUGACAUUUUAAAAAUCUACCCGAUGAAUAUCAACCUGCCACCCUAAAUUUCCCAGUGGCACUGCCCUUAACGAGAAUUUUUUUUUGGAUGUCAUAUGCAGUGACCUUUGGUGAUCUUAGGAGCUUCAGGAAAAGGAAUUUUCCUGUUAUAUGAAACAUUGGCAAAAGGAAAUGGAAUAGUAUAAACGCUGAUCAAUAGAGUAAAAACUCUGCUGCAUAAAAAACUAAGACAAAGACCAAAGGAAAUAUGUUCCCUUUCUUAUGUUGGCCAAACAGUACUUAACAGUUAAUUUGAAAUUUUGUUCUCUGAGCCAAAGUUUAACUCAUUGUAUGAAUUCUUUUUCAUGGUAGUUCAUUUAGUUAUGUAUUUAUUUACUACAUAGUUAUUCAGAGCCUGCUGUGUUCCGGGAACUAUGCUAGAAACUGUUUCUCUAGGAAAGCUCUUGCACCUUUACCUACAAUAUUACUUAAAAAGUAGAACAGUCAAUGCAUGCCAAAGAACCAUAAACUAGCAGAGGACAUUGCAUUCUUUAGUGAAGGACAUUUAUUUAGAGUCUGACAACAUAUUCAAAAUAUUCUCUCCUCCUAUACUGAUAGUGGAUAACACAUAUAUUUGUUCACAUAACGACUUUGAGAUAAGUACAUGUUAGUACAACUUCAGCAAUUGGUUUUCCAAAUAGAUGAGAAUGUGAUACAGAUUGUUCUGUAAGUGAAAAGCAUUGUGUACUUGAAAGUAAAAAUCUGGGCACUAUAAGACUUAAUAGAUUAACUGUCUCAAAUUUGAUCAGAGUCACAGAGUAGAGUUUGAUCAGAGUCACAGAAUCAUCAGAAAUAGGAACUUAGCACAGGCAUUUUCAGGUGCUUUCCCCAACAUAGAUCUAUAUAUUAGCUAGUGAAAUGCUAUAUUUUGAAGAAUUUUUGUGUCCAUAGUUCUGUAAUUCUGGGCAGUCUUCAUGUUGGUUUUUUAGGAGUUUUUUUUUUUUAAGGUUUUAUAACUAAGGUGAAUAUUUUAAAAUUAAGAGAGCAGAAAAUGAAACGAGUAAAGAAAAUAUAGCUGUGGGGUAGGAUGCCACUGACUCUGCUAUGUGGUUUAUCAGGAUUUUCAUCUACUGACUUCUUUCUCAUUAGGUAGGCUUAACAACUUAAUUGAAAAUUUUGCAACUGUCUUAGCAGCUCAGUCUAAGUCUGGUUCUUGUCAUAUUGCCUUUAGAUUUUCUUCUGUGCUUCUCUCUAUCUGCUCUGGAAUGGAUGAGUGAAUGUGUUCUGGGUGUUUUAGGGAACAUAUUGAUAGAAAUGGCCACAUUGCAGACGAAAUCUCUCUUUCUGUUUGUUUGUUUGUUUGUUUGUCUGUUUGUUUUAGAAAAGAAUUCAUAGUAGGUAAUUGGCAUUGAUUUUUCAGUUAUUUCAUUACCUUAUAAUAGUAGUUUUUGAGACUUGAAAAUUGUGCAAAUGUCAAAUAUUAAUUGUAAGUCAUAUCUGAGAAUUCUUUCUUGGCUGUCUUUCUAGGUAUUCCAUAAAAUCAACACAUUUUAAGGCUGAAAGAUACUGUAGAAAUCACCCAGUCCCAAUCCCCCGUUUUAAAACUGAUUCUAGUAAAAUUAGGCCUGGUAACAUCUGUAUAUAUGUAUAUAUUUAAUAAAGAGUACUUGUACAAAAAA